UUGCGUGGUUGGGUCUAGUUUGUAAGCCUCUCGUCGCGUAUCAACACGACGCGGGGAGUGUGUGAUUAAAGGACACGCUGUGCUAUCACUUAUCAGUUAUAUCAGUUUAAAAAAAAUAGGAGUGUGUCUAAUGUGAGCUGAUACUUUAGAGAUCAAGUUCUCAAAAUCCAGACCACCAGCCAACAAAAAAGUGUUCAUCCCGGCUGCAAGGACCCUAUAGGGUUGGGUGGGACGAGUGAUUAGGAUUGCAAAGGAAGCAUUCGGGCAACAUGGCCACCGCCAUAGAUGACCGGCAGGAGCUGCUGGAACAAUUCCAGGCGAUUGACGAAAAUGGGGAUGGAUUCAUCGACCUGACAGAGUUGCGAAACGCGCUGGACGUGUGUGGAUUCAAGAUGCCAGGGUACAAGGUGCGUCAGAUGAUCGAGGAGUACGACGACAAGGAGAGACUGGAACACAAGGGUCGCCUCUCCUUUGAAGAAUUUGAGAAGCUAUGCAAGGAACUCAAGGCUAACGAACUCGGAUCCACCUUCAAGCAGGUCGUCUCGAAAAAGGAAAAUCUUGAGACCUUGGGAGGAAUCUCCGAGGCAUCCAGUGAAGGCACCACACAUUCCGUACGACUUGAGGAACAACUCGCUUUUAGUGACUGGAUCAACACAAAUUUAGGACAUGAUCCAGAUCUGAAACAUCUCCUACCUAUCGAUGGAGAAUCAAGGGCCUUAUACGACAAAGUCAAAGAUGGCAUCCUCCUUUGCAAAAUCAUCAAUCACUCCUGUCCGGACACGAUCGAUGAACGAACAAUCAACAAAAAGAGCAUGACCCUUUAUAAGAAGCACGAAAACUUGACUCUAGCCCUCUCGUCAGCUCAAGCAAUUGGUUGUAAUAUUGUUAACAUCGAUGCUCACGAUCUAACCAAAGGUUCCCCACAUUUGGUUCUGGGUCUUCUUUGGCAGAUCAUCAGGAUUGGUCUCUUCAACCAAAUCACCCUUGAAAACUGCCCAGGACUGGCAACGCUCUUGCAGGAUGGAGAGCGUGUUGAGGAUUUGUUGAAGCUUUCCCCAGAGAUGAUUCUUCUUCGUUGGGUAAAUCACCACUUGGAGAAUGCUGGCAUUUCAAGGAGAUGCAACAAUUUCAUGUCAGACAUUACAGAUUCCGAAAUUUAUUCUCACUUGAUCAAGCAAAUUGCACCUGAAACUGCUGAAGUUACUUUGGAAGCUCUGAUGGAAUCGAAUCACACGACGAGAGCAGAAAUCAUGCUCCAGCAAGCUGGAAAGUUGGGUUGUCGCAGUUUCGUGACUCCAAGUGAUGUUGUAAAUGGAAUUUACAAACUAAAUCUGGCCUUUGUUGCGAACAUGUUUAAUAAUUAUCCUGGUCUGGAUAAGCCAGGAACGAACAUUGAAGGUCUCGAAGCUCUGGAAGAGACACGAGAGGAAAAGACUUACAGAAAUUGGAUGAAUUCUUUGGGAGUCUCUCCUCAUGUAAACUGGCUUUAUUCAGAUCUUGCCGACGGACUUGUCAUUUUCCAACUUUAUGAUAUUAUUAAGCCAGGAUCAGUGAGUUGGAACAAGGUGCACAAGAAGUUUACGAAGCUCAGGAAGUUUAUGGAGAAGCUGGAGAAUUGUAAUUAUGCAGUUGAGCUAGGGAAAAAGAUGAAUUAUUCUUUGGUAGGAAUUGCUGGACAAGAUCUUAAUGAUGGAAAUGCAACUUUGACCCUAGCCUUGAUCUGGCAGCUUAUGAGAUCGUAUACCUUGUCGUUGUUGACCUCCCUGGGAGGAACUCAUUCGAUGGUUGAGAAGGAGAUUGUUCAGUGGGUUAAUUCGAAACUUCAUGGUGCUGGAAAAACUAGCAGCAUCAAAGGGUUCCAGGACUAUGCGAUAGCUGAUGGAAAGGUUGUGAUCGACCUGAUUGAUGCAAUCAAGCCAGGCUCGGUGAACUAUGAUCUCGUUAAGGAAGGUGGAACAGAAGAGGAAAACUUGGACAAUGCAAAAUACGCGAUAUCCUUGGCACGAAAAUGUGGGGCACGAGUCUAUGCGUUGCCUGAAGACAUCACCGAGGUAAAGCAGAAGAUGGUGAUGACAGUCUUCGCCUGUCUAAUGGCGAUGGAUUACAUCCCAAAUAUGGAUUCAAAAGCAAACAACAUCAACAAUGGUCAGCAGUGAAACGCCAUUUGUUCUCCUCUUUUGCUCCUACGUCUUCUUCAAUUAAAAUUUCUUUUUCGCUACCUGCACUUGUGUAUACAAUCAUAUUUUGCUCACCGACCUGCCGUCCAGCGGUGGCAGCCAACGUUGUGGACGACGCAAUCCUUGUAAAUAUUUAGAUUAGGCUAGGCGAUUUCGAAAUUCGAGGGAGGCUCUGCAAGGCUCAUUUAGAAAACUUACAUUUAUUGGCAAUUAUGUACAAUUUUCUAGCCCUGCUGGAAAAGUUUAAUUGGGUUUUGAUAUAAUUAUAGAAAUCAAAUCAAAUCUAUGACCAUUUUUCGGGAAAUCGUAUACUUUUCUAUGAACAUUUUCUCAUUGAAACUCUAUCAAAUAUUGAACAUAGAAGGCUUGCAUCAAAUCUUAUGUUUCAGAAUCUUGAAAGUUUUUUUCUAACUCUAUCUGUCGACAGAAUCUUACACUUUUCUAUCAAUAGUUUCCCACUGAAACUCUAUAAAAUCUUAUUCCUUGUUAGAGGUGCCUCUAAUCCUAUGUCUCUCAAUCUCGGAAAUUUGUAUCAAAUUCUAUCCGUUGUAAAAUCUUAUAUUUUUUCUAUCAGCAGUUUUUUUUAAGACCAGUCAAAUUUUAUCCACACCAAACAUGUUUUCCAGAACCUGGAAAGCUUCUGUCAAAUUCUACUCCUGGAGAAGUUUGAUACUUUUCUGCAAAUAUAAUAGAUUUAUUUAAAUCUUGUGCAAGGAGAAAAUUUCGAUAAGCAAGUAUAAGAUUUAUCGGCGGAUACAAUUUAAUAGGAAUUUGCGAGAUUCUAAUACGCAGAAUUGGAUGCAGCGUUUUAGAAAAAUAUAAGAUUUCUCGAUUGAUAGAAUUUGAUAGAAUUUUUAAAAGAUAGGGUUUUAUAUAUCUUCCGUUUGAAUAGGAUUUCAUGGAGGUUUAAUAAGAAUCUGUUCAUAGAAAAGUAUACGAUUUUUCAAGAGAUAUAACUUGAUAGAAAUAUUGAAGAUUAUGGAAUGUAGAAUUUAAUACAAUUUUGUUGCCUUUCAGAUUUGAUAAAAUUUCAAUGAGAUGCUGUUGAUAGAAAACUAUAACAUUUCUGUAGGAAUAGAAUUUGAUAGAAAUGUCCGGCUUUACGAAACAUAGGAUUUCAUAGUGGCAAUGAGAAUCUCUUGGUGGAAAAGUAAAGGAUUUCGAGAUGUAUAUAAUUCGAUAGAACCUCUUUCAAAUGUGGUGGUAGAAUUUGAUUGGUGAAAUUCGUGUGAUUUAAUUUUCCCUAUAUAUAUAGAAUUUGAUUCAAUUUAAUGUUAUCUCUCGAUAGAGUCUACGAAAUUCUAAAAUUUCCUGUACUUUGUCAGCAGGGAGUGUACAGCCUUUCUUUAUCUUAAAUAAUUAGAAGUUGGAAAAACAAAUAAAAGUCAUAAAAUCAAAUUUCAAAUUAGAUUUUUCAAAUUGAACUUUAUUUGAUAAGUCUUCUAAAAAGAUCCUAAUUAUUAUUAUGUAAUAUAAAUCCGGGCCUAAAAAUAACAAUCACAUUUUUGUGAUUUAAAACCCUAAUUCAAAGUUACUUGUACCAUAAGGGGUCAAGCAUUGCAUAUACUUGUCGGGAGUGCAAGUUGGCAGAAAACUUGUACUUGUUUCUCCAAAUUUGAUGAUAAAUCAAGUUUUAAACUUUUUGAUAUGAAAAGUAUAAUUACAUUUUCUUCAAUAUAUACAAAUUUUAUAUAUGAAUCGAUUUUAUACGUAUGAUGGACGUAAUUCCGAAAUUAAUUUUUCUCGGAGAAUUCUAUCUAGUAAACGCACGAGAAUUGUGCAAUUUCUAAUAAUUGUAAUAACGCCUUCUCCGAGACGAUCGACUUUUAUCGCCUAAUGUAAGGUAGAACUCUAUACACAUUCUUAAAUUAUACAGUUAUAAUACUAAACUACUAAGUCAAGUAGCUAGUAAAAUUUUUCAAACCGAAAAAGCAAUUUACAUUCCCUUUUUUGAAUUCGAUACAACUCCUUUUUACAAGAGUCGAUCGACUUUUUAUAUGGGAUGUUUUAAAGCGAGUACAACCUAUUUAUACAACAAGAGCCUUGAGGAUCGAUUCUGCAAUUAUCGAUUUACGUACCUAUUAUGUGUAAGUUUCCGAAAAUGGGCAGUUUUUGGGUAGGAUUUUUAUUCCUUAGCAUGUAUUUAUAUAAUUAAUUAUGUAAGAAGAGAUGCAAUGAUAAUAUGGCCGAAUUUAAUUUGGAUCGACGCACAAUAAUAAUCAUUAAUCGUGCCAUUGUCGAAAGCUGGACUGUAUUGAGAAUCAAGUGAGUGAAUGAGAAUAAUCAAAUGCACUCCACUCCCGAUAUAAGAACACCCGAUUUACGCACACUCAUGCGUUUAAGUGCUACAUAAAUAGUUCAUGCGGCUCCCCGGUUAAGGAUCAAGGCCACUUUAAGCCAUGACUGAAACCGUUCUUAUAUCGGGAGUUGAGUGCAUUUUAAUUGCAUAGCUUGGAACGUAUGUACUUAUGUCAUUUGUGAUUCUGCUUACGACAGUGGAAAUAUUUUGCGGGAAAAAUGUAUCAAGAUUUUAUAUAAAGUACAAAUUAUUUCUAUUCAAUCUUGACGUACUUUCCCAAUUAAAAAAAAUAUUAUCAGUCCCGGUAAGUCAAACAGGGGAAUUUUUUUAGUUUUACUGAUGGGCCAAUAACACGAGAGACUCGAUUUCCGAAAUUUAUACACCGAGGCUGAAAAUAUUAUGGUCUGCAAAGCAGAAAAAAUUCUUGAGUGUAAAAGUAUAAAGUUUUGUAGAGACAAGGUCUUUGCAUAGCCAUGUUGAUAAGAUAUAUUCCACCGUCAUGCAAUCCCGCAUUUAUGCUUAGUGCAUUUGCCAAGCAAUAUUGUCAUUAUCUGGGCGAUAUUUAAAAUUAUCGUUCUUUUAUAAAAUUAUCUUUUACGAAGGCUCUGUGUAAUUUUUAACAUUACAAAUAAUAAUGUAUGUUUGGUAAUAUUCUUUUUCUCUGUAUAAAUAUGAUUUGUGUUGAUUUAAUUAUAUUGGAAACAGUAUGAUAAUUUGACAUGUAAACAUGAUAAUUGAAUGUAAAUAGAAUUCGAAUUUAUGUUACGCGAAUCAGCAUAAAAAGCAAUCAUGAAUAUCGUAGAAAUUGAGAAUAGUUUUGUGUAACCAAGGUAAUUUUGAGUAUUAUUUAUCGGUGGUAAUAGAAGCAAUUAUGCAAAUUGCAAUAAGCUACCGAUGAAAGAAACCAAAUUUAUCUCGUGAUAAUGAAAAUAUUAAAAAUGAGGUGUAUACUAUAAAGGUAUAACAAUUUUUUUUUCUUGUCGAUUUUAUCGUGAGGUAAAUUGGGUUGAAAUUAAUAGUGCAGUACUAUUGAUUUAAGGAGAACGAUAAAAAAUUCUGCUGAUUUUAAUUUCAUGUAGUGUAAACUUGAAAAUAAAAUUAAGUUAAUCCAAAA